CAGGCGACCUGGCGCCUUCACAGACCCAGUGCUGCGGGCCCACAGAAGAGGGCUGGUGACGGCGGCAGGGACUUACUUUUGCCACACUAUUAUCCAUGGAAGAAGUUUCAAAUGACGGUCCGCCAGUGUUCACCAGAAAGCACGGCGGGAGCUCCUCCUCUAAGGCGUAUUUCGGUUUUUCCUGGCGAGAUCACCUGUUUGCUCAUCUUUCCAGGGCGAGAGGACCAGCUCCGUGUGAGGAGCGCACCCUGCGCCCGGCGGCAUCUGUCCCCGACGAAUGCGGCUUCCAGACUCGCCCGGCGCUGGGGGAUCCAGAAAAGGCGAGGGGGCGGGGACAACACGUGACGUCACGAGGCUGCGGCCAAUGGCAGCGUCCGGCGCCGCGGCCCAGCCUCUGGACUAUAAAAAGGAGGCGCUGGCGCGUUCACCUGCCAGCUCCUGCCAGGUCUCUGAGCGUGACAGUUGCAAGCGGCUUCCUCCUCCAGGUGACUGGCUGCAGGUCGCUGCCCGCGACCCUGAGGCGCCCCUGGGUCUCUCCCGAGCGGAACCGCCGGUCCAUGGAGCAGGGCCCGGGCCCAGCCCCGGCCGAGAAGCCGCAGGGCGCGCGGUGCAGCAACGGGUUCCCCGAGGCGCGGGGCGCGCCGGCCGCCGACGGCUGGAAGGGCGAGCGGCCGCGCAGCCUGGAGGACAACGCGCUGAGCCUGCCCGCGAUGGCCGCCGCCUACGCGUCCAUCCUGUGCGCGCUGGGCGAGGACCCGCAGCGCCAGGGGCUGCUCAAGACGCCCUGGCGCGCGGCCACGGCCAUGCAGUUCUUCACCAAGGGCUACCAGGAGACCAUCUCAGAUGUCCUGAAUGAUGCCAUCUUUGAUGAAGAUCAUGACGAGAUGGUGAUUGUGAAGGACAUCGAUAUGUAUUCCAUGUGUGAGCACCACCUCGUUCCAUUUGUCGGCAAGUACAACAGAUUAAAUCAGGGCCUUCUACAUGCUGGGAGAGCGCUGCACCACGAGACUACAUUCUCAAUAUUAAGUAAAAUCAGUUUCAUGAGCCACUGUGACUGGCAGCAGCCGUCUUGGAGCUGGCUGCUUCGACAGUUUGGCUGGACUUCUGGCUCUCUGAGGUUGUUCUUCAUGCAGGACCCUUGGCCUUGGCCUCUCCUGACCCCUGCACUCUCAGCCCAGCACUUGAGGGGCCAGGAAGACCCCAGCCUGGGACGCUUGGACCUGAUUGUAGAAAUCUACAGCAGAAGACUACAAGUUCAGGAGCGUCUCACCAAGCAGAUCGCAGUGGCCAUCACCGAAGCUUUGCAGCCUGCGGGAGUCGGGGUGGUGGUGGAAGCCACACACAUGUGCAUGGUAAUGCGAGGGGUGCAGAAAAUGAACAGCAAAACCGUGACCAGCACGAUGCUGGGCGUGUUCCGCGAGGACCCGAAGACCCGGGAGGAGUUCCUGACGCUCAUCAAGAGCUGAGCCCGACGUGCAGCGUGCGGAUCCUGCCGCUUAGCGGCACUGUGUCUUCGUUGUUCGUACACAUUCCAUUUCCAGAUGUUACAGAUGUGAACUUG